AUGCAAGAAAAUUACAAAUUAAAAUGUAAAGCUCGCAAUUUUUGUAAUUUUGGAUUUUAAGAUAAAAAAUAUCGAGGUGAGCAGGACUCGAACCUGCAACCUUCUGAUCCGUAGUCAGAAGCUCUACCAUUGAGCCAUCACCCCAAAUUCAACAAUUAUAAGAUCCAAAUUUUCACCACAUUCUUUAAAAGUUUAAAUGAGCAGGACUCGAACCUGCAACCUUCUGAUCCGUAGUCAGAUGCUCUACCAUUGAGCCAUCACCCCAAAUUCAAUAAUUAUAAGAUCCAAAUUUUCACCACAUUCUUUAAGAGUUUAAAUGAGCAGGACUCGAACCUGCAACCUUCUGAUCCGUAGUCAGAUGCUCUACCAUUGAGCCAUCACCCCAAGUAUAGUUUUUUGGUAUUGUUUUCGUUUUUUUCGCUAGAGUUUAUAGCAGCAGAGUCCAUAGAAAAUAAGCAAUUGCAAAAUUAAAGUCAACUAAAAUUGUUACGAGAAUAAAUUUGCUUAAAUGAAUAUAAAGAAUAUUUUUAUUCUAAUGUGGAUAUUUACGAUAUCUCUAAAUGCAGAGACAAAUAAAAAUGUCUUUCCAAUAUUCAUAUAGAAUUUAGUAAGUGCAACUCUGCAAAUAAUAAAGAAAAUAAUUAAACUAAAUUCUUUAAUUGUAUAGAUGGUUUUCUAUAAAAGAUUGGUGAUUGCAAGCAUUGUAUUUGUGACCUCUUUUAAGAUUUUUAUCUAUGUUAAGGAGGCAGCAUUUGGUAGCAUUAAAAUGAAAAUGCAUGA